UUUGGCAUUGCUUUAAAUCUGGAAUACAAUUACCACAAAUCAUGAUAUCAAAUUAAAAUAAAAAUUUGCUGAUCAUUAGUAACUUUAUUUUUCAUAUAUAAACAAUAACACUGAAUUACUCAAUUGAAAACUAAUUGAACACUGCAUCAAUCUUCCCUUUUUGUUUUUACAAAUUUAGACAGUUAUUCCUUGGAAAUUAUUGAAAAAUUAUAAGGAAAACAAAGACCCGUAAAAUAAAGCUUUACCCAAUUAUUUUCCGACUGACCUGUAAAAUAAAUUGGUACUAAAAUUUACUUUAAUAACAGCACACCUUUAAAAUGCUUGAUGUACUUUUGACUAUCUUCUUCUAAGACGUAUUUUAAAGACUUCCCUGUCUCUUGCUCAUAUUUCUAAUUCUAAAUGUCUAAUUUCAAAAUAAAAGCCUUGUUGACGAAAGUCUCACUGGCGAAUUUACGACGUCGUGCGCCGUAUCAAUUUACGGCAACAUGGCAGCCUGCUAGCAAAAGCUGUGAUUCCCUCCGCUCUGACCGUCAGACUCUUAAACUUCAUCAUGGAGCUAGACACCGACAGCACGAGACCGGCGGGUCGGUAACGGAGGGCUCGGGAAGGUGAUGACGAUGAUGAUGUGUUUUCGGAGGAUUGCAAAUGUUCGCUCUCUGGUGUCGCCGCGAUCUGCGGGUGUGUGCUGGCUCGAGCCUGCGUCAUGGCGGCACAGACAAACACCUGUCACUGAGUGCGCGAGGCUAAAGCGGUCUCAGGUGAGCGGCUCGUGGCUCGUCAGACUCAAAGGGACGGACAGCCGCGUCGGGUGCUGGAGUGGGAUCCUCCCGCAGGUAAAACCGACAGGCUGGCACGAGCAAGGUACUGUGCUUCUGUACCGGGGAGGUCACGAGAGGUCAGCGGCUAGCUUCCGGUCUCUGCUGUCACCCAAUGCUCGUGGGCUUUGCAGCGGAAAGACGAAGGAGACACCGGACAGCUCCCCGGCAGCGGACCGGCCUGAAGCCGGUGCGGUACCUGGACAAGGACUGUUCAAGUUCAAAGAGCUGUAUGAAAAUCCAUGGACAAUCCCCAACGUGUUGUGUAUUUGCCGGAUUUUGCUCGCUCCAUUCCUGGGUCACCUGAUCAUCCAGCAGCACUUUCACCUCAGUCUGGCUCUGUUUGCACUUGCUGGCGCUACUGACCUGUUGGAUGGUUACAUUGCCAGAACGUGGCCAACUCAGAAGUCGGCGUUGGGCAGCGCUCUCGACCCUUUGGCUGACAAAAUUCUCGUCAGUAUUUUAUAUGUCAGUCUCACCUAUGCUGAACUCAUACCAGCUCCGCUGACGGCUCUAGUGAUUUUCAGAGACAUUGGUUUGAUAGCUGCUGUCUUCUGGGUCAGAUACAAGACCGUACCUCCACCGGUGACACUCAGUAAAUUUUUUAACCCCUGCUAUACCACAGCUCAGCUCAAACCCACACUCUUCAGCAAGGUAAACACAGCCAUCCAGCUCUUUCUGGUCGCAGCCUCUCUAGCUGCUCCAGUCUUCCAGUAUACAGACAGUGUCCUGCUGCAGUGCAUAUGGUAUGUAACAGCGGUGACAACUGCGGCGUCAGGCUAUAGCUACUGGCACUACGGGCGCAAGACUGUCCAGGUGCUGAACACCAGAUCGCCAUGACAGCCACACCAGGAAACACCCAGAGGCCAGAACAAAAGCCGGGAAUAGCCGCCGCAGAGACUCUGAUCGUCCGUGGCAAAAGUCGGACGGACAGAUGGACGAUCGCCAGGAGCAUUGAAACCAAGUAGCUGUGACAACCGUUUGUGAGUCACCGUGGCAAUGACACGUGGAAACCAACCAAGGCCGCAGAUGGUGUACUGCGAAACACUACAGAGACGCCUAACAGCAGCUCUGCUGACUGGCUGUGGACAACAUACACAGAUAGAAACAGCAAACACACACACAACUAUACACACACAUGUCAAGUAUAUGUAAGUGAUCAGGCAAGAGCUUCUAUUUUUUCUUAGUUUUUCAAUCAAGAGGUUGUGAUGUCAACCCAAUCAGUGUCACAUGAGUGUCAGUUUUGUAAACCAAUGAUUUAUGAUUAAAAAAAAAGAAAAAAAGAAGAGAAAAUCAGCUUUGGUUUGUCUCUGUGUUUGUGUGCACAUGUUCAUGUGACUGUGUUAGAUGCAGGGCUGGUUUUUUCUGAGGGGAAAAAAACAAAACAAAUGUUUAAUCUUAUGAAACAUGAAUCUGACAGCUGAUCCAUCUGAAAUCAACAGUCAGAGGAUUUAAAAAAUGGGUACAAAACAAAAAAGAUGAUGUGUUGCCAUGGCUGCACAGGAGCCCGUCCUCUUGGUCCUGAUCUGUUAGAUGGUCCUGAGUCUUCAAAAAAUGUAUUCUUAAUGCUAGAGCUUCAAAAUAUUAAAGGCAGUUAUUCUAUCAUUGAUUAGUUUGAUAAUGUAGAUUUAACUGGCAUGUAAUUUUGAGCAUCAUUUUUCUAGCAGGAACACGUAUUUGUUCCGGCUCCUUCAUUGUGAGGAUUUGCUGCUUUUCCUGUUUAUAUCACUGUAAAUAUAUUUGAGUUUUGGAUUGUUGGUUGGACAUUUGGUGACCUCACUCUGGGCUCAGGGAAACUGUGAGGAUCAUUUUUAAUUAUCUAUAUUUUCUGACACUUCAUAGACACUUCAUCAGGUUAAUCAAUCGUCAAGAUAAUUGUUAGUCGUAGCCUUAUUAUUGAUUAAUCUGUCGUUAAAUGUUUUGGUUAGCAGUCAAAAAUGAAACAUGGCAGCAGAUAGAAAUGAUCCUUUUGGCUGAAUCUUGUACAUUUACAUGAAAUGAUAAUGUUAGACAGUGUGAGUUCUUAUCUGAAAUAACUUCUUUUUUGCACCAACAGUCCAAAACCCAAAGAUGCUCCAUUUGACAUGAUAUGAAAUUUAGGAAAAGCAACAAAGCAUCACAUUUCAGAGGCUGAAACCAUGAAUGUUUGAAAGAAAAAAACAAUGAAUCAGCUGUCAGUUAAUUUUCUGUUUUCCAGCUAAUUGUUUCAGCAGUGCUUCAUGUGUCUUACUCAGGUAAAAUUAAAGAGAUUCCUCUGCUUAUUUUCCCUCUUACGAUUAUGAAAAGUACCACAGGAGCUGCAACGCUCCUUUCAAGUUCUUCCAGUCUCAGGAUCAAUAAGCCCAAUAAGCCAGAGGUUGUGUGGAGACUCGGUGAGAACACAAACUACUACCAGACUUUCUUUUUAUUUAUUUAUUUUUUUUUGCUGAGCUACUCUGGCAGUUGUAUCUGACUCCGCUGCUUUUUACCCUCAAGAAGACUUGUACAAUGAGGGAAACGAAGCUGUGUAACCUUUUCAACUUCUCCACUCGUUUCCCAGCAAUUUUCUGCACCACUUGGGUGAUGCUGUUUCAUUACCGACUGUGUGCGGAUGACUGCCGGGCUUGAGUGAGUUGUUUUCGUGGCCUUGUGUGGGAUGUCUGCUCAUUAUCUCUUCACUGAAUAAUUUAAAGAGUCUCAUUUUUAAAAUGAGAUAUCCAUCACUGGGAACAAAUUGAUACCUACGCUCAUUAAAUGACUGUUUAAAGAAGUUCUGAUGUUUUUUUUUUUUUU